GUCGUCUCUCACAGUUUCAGUUAUCAUACCACGAUUGUCGUAAUUUCAACUCGAUUUUUAGCCUUUCUUUUGGCAUGACCAAAAGAUGUGUUGCUGCUGGGUGCAGCAACACCACUUCUGCUGGAGUGAGUCUGCACAAAUUUCCACUUGAUCCCAAAAUAAGACGAAUCUGGGCCAAAAAAGUUCGUCUCACUCGUGCGAAGUGGCAGGGGCCUACUGAGCAUAGCACACUAUGUUGCUCACACUUCACGCCAGAAUGCUUCGAGGGUGGACUCCACCAAGAAUUUGGUCUAAAAAGGAAACGCUUUUUGAAGCCAGAGGCCAUCCCCACCAUAUUCAGAGCAACCGAGAAGUCUCCAGCCAAAAAGAAGCAUCGGAAAGGGAUCCAGAAACGGGAGAAAGUUAAGCUCCUGAAAGAGUUGCUCAGUCCCGUUGCAGAGUCCACGUCAGCAUGCACCUCAUCCACUUCCACAGAUCAGGACAUGGAUUCAGAUCAAAGUUAUGGAGAAAUUGAUCAUGUAAGUGUGGCUUCAGCUUCACACAGUGUAUCCGUACAAUGCCAGACAACACCAUGCACCACACACGUUGCAACUCAAACCCGUCUCCCUACAAGAGUAAAAUUGGUGCAAGCAUCUGCUCACAUGCAUUGUAUGGGGAUCCAGGCUCAGCCAAGAACUGUCUCAUGUGGAGUCAUCUGUAAACUUCUUGAUGAUGUCCCAACUCAGGAGUCCAGUUCAGACAGCAGCAAUGAUGAUGAUGGGAGAGAUCCAGAAUACCAGCCCUAUUAUGAUGGUCCAUCGUCAGACUCGGAUGGUUCAAGUUCCACUCACAAUAAUGAAGGCUCCAGUAAUAUCCACAAGGAGAGAAAGUUCAUCGUGUUUGAAUCCCAACUGAUGAAGUUGUUCAACAGAUGCAUUUCCUGUGGUUGUUGUUUGGUGACCAUGAAGAGCUCUAGGAAAGGAGGGAUGUUAAGGGUUCGGCAGUCAUGUGAGAUGUGUGACGACACAACCAUCUGGGAUAGCCAGCCCUGGUUAAACAAUACACCGGCUGGGAACAUCCUUCUCUCAGCAUCCAUCCUGUUUGCAGGUGGAACAGUAGCACAGACUUUUCGUGUGCUCCGACAUAUGGGUGUUGCUACCAUGACGCCACGAAACUUCUUUAAGCAUCAGAAGCAGUUCCUACUUCCGGCUGUGAAUGCAGUAUUUGUCAGUAAGCAGACGAGACUGAUUAUGGAAAUUGCAGCAGAGGGUGACCCUCUGGUUAUUGGAGGGGAUGGUAGGGCGGACAGCCCUGGACACAGCGCUAAGUAUGGAUCAUACACAGCCCUUGAUCUCGAACGGAACAAGAUUCUUGAUAUCCAACUGGUACAGAGCAACGAAGUGAAAGGGAGCUACCAUAUGGAGCUAGAAGGCUUCAAACGAACUCUAGAGAAGCUCAACACCAGUGGGCUAGUUGUUAGUAAGCUGGUAUCAGACAGGCACAGGCAGCUUGCGAAAUAUGUGCGGGAGAAAACUGACAUCAGCCACAUGUUUGACGUGUGGCACAUCGCCAAAGGAUUGAAGAAAAAAGUGGAUAAACUUUCAAAGGUGAAGAACUGUGGGGCGGUGACUGAAUGGUCCAAGAGUUUAAACCACCACAUUUACUGGUGCGCAUCCAGCACCACAGAUGACCAGUCGGCACUGCGUGCUGCCAAAUGGCUCUCGAUAGUAAACCACAUUCAAGGAGUUCACCAUGGCCAUUCAGAAUUGUAUCCAAACUGUGAGCACGAUAUUCUGGAUGGCGAUCGCAAAAAAAAAUAUAUGAAGCCAAGUACACUAGCGACCGAAAAGUUGACGAGUAUCCUAACCAAGACGAUGCUUCUUAACGAUAUCAAGAUGAUGUCAACAACAAGGCAGACAUCAUCGCUGGAAUCCUUCCACAGCGUUCUAAACUACUUUGCACCCAAGAUGAAUGCGUACACAUAUCAUGGGAUGACCUGCAGGUUACAGAUGACUGCUCUUCAUUAUAAUGAGAUUAGUGACAGCGCACAGGCAAAAACAAGGGCAGGGAAUCUAAGAUACCAACUCAACAAACCCAAGUACAAGAAAGGGAGUGCGACUGUGAAGGCAGUGAAAGAACCCUGUAAAUAUGGCUAUGUAGACGAGUUGAUGGCGGAAGUAGUACGUAGAGUGAAAACCUCCUCACGAGAACUCAUGAAGAAACCACCUCCGACACUAUGCAGUGUGUACAAGUUUCCCCCCAAGGACGAGUUAAUUUCUCGGCACAGAACCAGGUUUAACCUUCCCUAGAUUAGAAACACUGCGUUGUGUUGCACCAUUUUGUGAUAACAUAACUUUAACAAAAGACACAAGAAUCAUUUAUACUAUUCGUGUACUUGUCUUUCAUUUGGUGCUCAAUAUUAUUUCUUCAUUGAGGCUCAAAUUUGAAGAAUUUUGUUAGGGGGGAGACUUCUUUACUGACGGGAAGUUAUGUGAACCCUAGUUUAGACAUGAAUGACAGUGCCAUAAAUAAAAUACAAGUUGGACAAACUGGUGGUAUUUAAUUUUAGUAGUAAAGAAAUUUAUUAGGUUUGGACUUGGACAAUGAUCACAUCUGACCCCAAAGUCCCCAAACUUAUAAGAUAACACGUAGCGAGGAUCUGUCUGUUUGUCAGUUGUACUCAUCUCACGUGAAUUGAUGUUAAAGGCCUACAUGGUGAUUUCAGAUAAAUCACAUGAACUGUUUUACAUUAAGUUCUUAAGUUUCUUAUUAUAUUUAUAUCUAUAAAAAUUG